GUCUGUGAAAGCGUCCCGCCGGGAUUCCUUCCUCUCGUUUACCGCAACGGUUACAGACCGACCUGCAAAUAUACGGAAAGGAAAGGAAAUUAUGACAGCUGCGCUCGUCAUGGAAAACGUUAACUGGGAUCCCGCAUUAUCAAAACUUCUCAAUUCUCUGAGGGAAAACAAAUCAGAAAUACCAAGCUGUACCGAAGAAGAAUUCGGUUUCCUCAGCGAGUUGUUACAGUCGAAGGAGUUGAAUGCUUUGGUAACUGUUCACAAUAAGAUCUUAAACAAUAUCAAGGACGAUAAGUUCUUUCCGGUGAAAUCAAACUCGAUGGACAUUGAUAUCGAAGUGCUCGACUUAUUGUCCACGAAAACUCACAUCUCGGAAGAGUAUAAAGAACUUUUUCAUCUUUUGCAAAAGCCACAUAUGCAGGGUCUACUCUGUGCACAUGAUGCCGUUGCCCAAAAGGAUUAUUAUCCCAGAUUACCUGAGAUUCCAUUGGAAGUGGACGAGGAUGAAGAGACAGUGAAGAUCGUACAAUUGGUCAAGUCGAACGAGCCCCUGUGCGGCGCCGGGGUCGAACCGAUCGUGGGGGCGACCAUAAAGACCUGCGAGGUCACUGGGAAGAUCGUGAUCGCACGAAUAAUGCAUGGUGGUGCAGCCGACAGAUCUGGCCUUAUUCAUGUUGGAGAUGAAGUCUGCGAGGUGAAUGGUAUCAGCGUUGAAGGGAAGACACCAAAUUGCGUCCUUAAAAUCCUGCAAAAUUCGGAAGGUACGAUAACUUUUAAGAUCGUACCGGCGGACAGCAAAGGUGGAAUCAGAGAAAGCAAGGUACGAGUGAGAGCACAUUUUUCAUAUAAGGCAUCGGAAGAUCCUUAUAUACCGUGCAAGGAAGCAGGAUUAGAUUUCGUCAAAGGUGACGUCUUGCACAUCGUUAGCCAGGACGAUGCGUAUUGGUGGCAAGCCAGAAGAGAAGGUGAUCGAAACAUGAGAGCGGGUUUGAUCCCCAGUAGAGCACUUCAGGAACGUAGGAUCAUUCUCGAGAGACAACAGAAGGAUAAAACCGACGAUGACAAUAUAAGCUUGUGUUCUGUUCCAGUGCCUUUGCCUGCAUUGUGCCCCCGUCCCAGUACCUCUUUGCACGCCUCGCCUACAAAGUGCAACUUGCAGGGAAUAAAAACUAAAAAAAUCAUGUAUGACGCUGCAGAAAACGACGACUUCGACCGAGAAGAGGUACCGACCUACGAAGAGGUCGCCAAGCUAUAUCCAAGGCCGGGUCUCUACAGACCCGUUGUUCUUAUUGGACCACCUGGUGUCGGCAGAAACGAACUCAAGAGGAGGCUGAUGGUUACCGAUCCUGACAAGUACAAGACUCCUGUGCCCUACACGUCGAGACCACCGAGACCAGGUGAGAUCGAUGGGAAAGAGUAUCAUUUCGUUACUCGUGAAAAAAUGGAAGAAGAUAUUGACACUAGCAAAUUCAUUGAGUUCGGAGAAUACAAAGGGAAUCUUUAUGGAACUAGCGCGGAAAGCGUAAGCUCGCUGAUCAAUGCAGGAUACGUAUGCCUGUUAAAUCCUCAUUACCAGGCACUUAAAAUGCUUAGAACGCCACAGUCAAAGCCAUACGUGAUUUAUAUCAAACCACCUAGAUUCGAGAUACUAAAGGAAACCAGGAAUGAGAACAGAGCUAGGUCAACCUUCGACGAGAGCAACUCACGAGGCUUCACGGACGAGGAAUUUAACGAGAUCCUACACAGUGCGGCUAGGAUAGAAUUCCUCUAUUCUCAUCUGUUCGAUGAAGUCAUCGUCAACGCUGAUCUCUCGAUAGCUUUUGAACAAUUAAUCAACGCUGUUCACAGAGUCGAAUCAGAACCACUUUGGGUUCCAGCUUCUUGGGUGCAAUGAAUCCUAUUAUCUCGUAUCAUGCCGAGUCUAAUCUACACGUACGGGAUAUACGGAAACUAAGAUAACGCGGGCAAACACAGAAAGAAAAGAGAGAGAGAGAGAGAGAGAGAGAGAGAGAGAGAGAGAGAGAGAGAGAGAGAGA